CACACACUUCUUUUAACAGUCUCUUCUGUGAUGAUCGACGGUCCCGUUGACCAUCUCUCUCCUCCAGAGCGCACCCCGUGAGCGCAUCCUUCACCAAUAACAGAGACAAGAGGCGCAGAGAUGCCGAGCGGAUUCCCUAACUCUUUUCUGCAUCUCUCCAUCAUUCUGCUAGCCUGUGGAUGCUGAAGGCGAAGACGCGGACGUGUAUUAUUUAUAGUCGCAUGCAAUAGAGGGAGUGGGUGUUUUCGCAGGGUCAUUUCUGUAAAGAAGUGACGCGAGCGGCGUGACGUUCAGUUGGCAACACCGAUAACUUUCAUGCCAAGUGCCUUUCACGGUGGGGGAAACGCAGGAAUGAGAUAAUUGUAGGCGUAUUAAAAGUGAGGGUUAUCAUGUCGUGCAGGAGAAACUGGGGUGUUUAUUAGGGUUUGGUGCUCGCACUUGUCUGGGAUGGGUAUCGAAACGUUGCGCGCAUCGUCUCAGUGGAUCAGACAGUGAUCGACAAACUUCACAUCAAACCAGUUUGGCUGAGAGGAUAGGAUUUAUGAACCUGUGGUCCAGGUGGAUUAUCUGUGUUUAUUUGGGAUUUUUUGAAUGAGACCAUGAGGGGCGCGAGGAGAAGUUUCACGACGUUGGUCUUGGAGAGUUGCAAACCCAAGUUGAGCGCAGAUGAUGUCGAAACGGAUUUGAACCUUACACUUGCAGACUCACAAAGAGAGAACGCGCCGAACGGUUUCAAUGCAAUAAACAGGCUUUUGGUUUUAAAGGAAUGAGUAAAUAACGCACUGCUGUUCAACUGUGGAAAUACGUGGAGAUGCGCAAUAUCGGUGGACUGUGAUUCAACGAUGCACCCGGACUACACGUGCAUUUAUCGCAGAAUGUGAUUGGAGGGGAUUUUUAAAAAGUCAUGUCUCUGCCGAAACGACAUGAAGUUAGAAAUAUCACAGUUAGAAAUAUACAAUAAUCCUCACGCUGGUAUAUCAGGGUAAUGGAGAUGGACAACACAUGUGUUUCUGCUACUUUUACUUACAGCUUUAGUAUCAGAAACAUUGGCAUACAGCAUCAAAGUCUUUGCGUUUGAAAUGCAAAGAAUGGCGCACAAAUACUUCUACACAAAAGCUAAAAAUGCGCUGAGCUGACUUGAGUUAUAUGAUAACAGUUGAGAAUCACUGAAGCUCCGGAUGACUGACGCGUCAACAGGUGACCAAGAUUCAGAAUGCCAGUACUGGUAUGAGAGCUGAUCCUGUGAGCUGGUCCCGUGGGUUUACUGUCAACCCUCUUCGCUUCCUUCUUCUCCUGUCCCGCUUCUCGCCGUCCACAUGCAGGCAAAGAAGCGAUACCUGCUGGUAUCCGUGGGGGCCUGUACCCUGCUACUAGCCUACCUGUGGGGCAUCCAGAUGGGUGAGUUCCAGAACCAGGAGAGUGCCGAGCUUUACAGAGUCUCCCACGUUCCUGGUAUCCAACCCCGGACACCUCACUGGCCGGAAUCGGUGGAGCCUCCCCGGCAGACGUACCUGGGCGAGGCCGAGCAGGAGGAGGACGGGCCCCUGCUCCUUCAUCAGCACACGUCUCCACGUGAGAGGCGAGAAAUCCAGAAGAACAUCUACAAGAGCCGACGAUGUCGCAUGGAGACCUGCUUUGACUUCCGGCGCUGCGAGCGGGGCUUUAAAAUCUACGUCUACCCCCCGCAGAAAAGCGAAGCACCCUCGGAAAGCUACCAGAAGAUUCUGGCGGCCAUCGAGGAGUCGCGCUUCUACACGACAGACCCUAAUGAGGCCUGCCUGUUUGUGCUCAGCAUAGACACUUUGGACAGGGACCAGCUGUCCUCUCAGUACGUCCAGAACGUCCGAGCCAGGAUUCAAAGCCUCGCUCUGUGGUACGAGGGGAGGAACCAUCUCAUUUUUAACCUGUACUCCGGCACGUGGCCCGAUUACACGGAGGAGCUGGGCUUUGAUAUCGGCCAAGCCAUGUUGGCCAAGGCCAGCGCGGACACGGACAACUUCAGGCCGCACUUUGACGUGUCCCUCCCGCUGUUCUCCAAAGACCAUCCUCAGAAUGGAGGAGAUAAAGGUUAUCUGACACUUAAUAAUGUGCCUCCCUCACGGAAAUACUUGCUGGUCUUCAAAGGGAAGAGGUAUCUGACCGGUAUCGGUUCUGAAACCAGAAAUGCUUUGUAUCAUAUACAUAACAGGGAUGAUAUCGUUUUAUCGACUACCUGCAAACACGGAAAAGACUGGGAGAAACAUAAGGAUGCAAGGUGCGACCGAGACAAUGAGGAAUACACAAAGUAA